CAAUAUUUAAACAUUUGUAUUUGUCUGUAAAGGUAUUGUGUAAGAUACUAUUUAUAACGUAAUUUAUAAUAUUUUUCAUUAGUACAACGCCAAUAUUGUGGCAACAACCAUGUAUUUCAUAUUACUAUUUUUAUUAUUUUGUUGGAAAUUAGAUUAUGUUCUAAAUGAUAAUAAUCAAGAUGCUCCACUAAGUUUUACUGAACUAGCUAAAAAAUAUGGUCAUAAUUGUGAAGAUUUUGAUGUCAUAACUAAAGAUGGUUACAUUUUAAAAUUAUUUCACAUAAAAGGAGAUAAAACCAAAAUUAUAUUAUUAGCGCAUGGUAUAACAGACUCAGCAGAUUCAUUUAUCAUCCGAGGUAAUUUAUCUCUUGCUAUUACGUUAGCUAAUAAAGGUUACGAUGUAUGGGCUUUAAAUGUCAGAGGAACCAAAUAUAGUAGACGACACGUAACUUUAAGUCCAGAUAAUAAAAAAUUUUGGGACUACAGCUUCCAUGAGAUGGGAACAAAAGAUUUGCCAGCGAAUAUUGAUUUUGUAUUAAACAAAACAAAUCAGUCCAAAUUAACAAUUAUUGGAUUCUCUCAAGGCACCCAAAUGAGUUUUGUAAUGUCAUCUAUGUUAAGUGAGUACAAUGCUAAAUUAAACGGUAUUAUCGCAUUAGCUCCUGUUGCUUAUUUGCACAAUGUGAAAUUUCCUCUGUCUAUUUUAAUACCGUUACUGUUACCAAUUAGCUCUGUUCAAAAAGUAACAGACAAUGAAGAAAUAUUUAAAAAUGGUUCACUUCAAACAAAUACAAUACAAAAGGUUUGUACGCAGAAAAAUGUUGGUUAUGAAAUAUGUGGACUUGGUGUUAUAUUUCCACUACUAGGUUCGGAUCCAUCUGAACUGGAGCCAGAUUUUUUUCCAAUUUUAUUUGAGCAUUUUCCAAUAUCGACGUCAAGGAAAAAUUUGGAACAUUGUGCACAAGUUAUGACAAGAAAGAAGUUUGCACAAUUCGAUUAUGGACUCGCCAAUUUAAUGAUCUAUGGUAGUUUAGAACCUCCGGAAUAUCCUUUGGCAAACAUCAACGUACCAGUAGGACUUUUGGUCGGUCUUAAUGAUAAAAUAGCAGAUGUUACAGAUGUCAAGAUAUUAAGGGACCGUCUUCCAAAUCCUCACUACCACGAGAUAAAACGUAAGCAAUGUAAUCAUCCUGAUUUGGUUUAUGGACGAACCAUGGAUGAAUAUUUGUAUCCAAUUUUGUUUGAAUUAUUACACAACUUCACUAAAAGUUAG